AGGUGCUGCGGCCACGUCUGCUAACUUCCGGUUGGGAAGAGGGCUGCUUCCUAGGGAGUUGGGGGUUGAUUUGGGGGAAAGCUCAGGGUGCGGUGAGUGGAUAUUGGGUGGUGACAGCGCGCGCGGCAGGUCCCAAGCCAGGGACCUGCAGCACCCGGAUCCGCGCCCCGUCGUCGUGCAGACACCCUUGGCCAGCCCAUCGGCCCUGGGAAAACUCAGAGCCCAUUGCUCCUUAUUCGCCUAGACGGUGCCAGUUUCAGGAGAGGAUCCUGGCUUCCCCCGCCCCUGCUCCAUCCAGCCAAUCAGGCACCAUGGAAGUGGCUGAGCCCGGAAGCCCUACAGAGGAAGAGGAAGAAGAGGAGGAGGAAGAAGAGGAGGAGGAGGAGGAGGAGCAGUCGGCUGAGCCUCGGCCUCAGACACGCUCCAAUCCUGAGGGGGCUGAGGACCGGGCACUGGGGGCACAGGCCAGUGUGGGCAGCCGCAGUGAAGGGGAGGGGGAGGCGGCCAGUGUGGGUGACGGGACCCCCAACCCUCCAGGAGCUGGCCCCCAGCCCUGGCAGGUGCCGCCGUCGGCUCUUGAGGUCCAGAUUCGAACACCGAGGGUCAACUGUCCGGAGAAGGUGAUCAUCUGCCUGGAUCUGUCGGAGGAGAUGUCACUUCCAAAGCUGGAGUCUUUCAAUGGCUCCAAAACCAACGCCCUCAACGUCUCCCAGAAGAUGAUCGAGAUGUUUGUGAGGACAAAGCACAAGAUCGACAAGAGCCACGAGUUUGCACUGGUGGUGGUGAACGACGACACGGCCUGGCUGUCCGGCCUGACCUCGGAUCCAAGGGAGCUGUGCAGCUGCCUGUAUGACCUGGAGACGGCCACCUGCUCCACCUUCAACCUGGAAGGACUCUUCAGCCUCAUCCUGCAGAAGACGGAGCUGCCGGUGACCGAGAGCGUGCAGACGAUCCCACCCCCCUACGUGGUGCGAAGCAUCCUGCUGUACAGCCGCCCGCCGCGCCAGCCGCAGUUCUCGCUGACGGAGCCCAUGAAGAAGAUGUUCCAGUGCCCGUAUUUCUUUUUCGACGUUGUUUACAUCCACAAUGGAGCCGAGGAGAAGGAGGAGGAACUGAGCUGGAAGUGUUCCAGCCAUGACCGAGCUGCGGGACCCCAAGUAGGCCACUUGUACCUGUAUGAACAGGGGCAGCGGAGACCAGCUCCCACUCAUACUUCAAUGCCUUCAUCAAAAGACCCUCCCCUGCAGUGCCUUUCCUCAUCCUCAGAAAAGAUCAUCAUGGGGCUGGAGAUGAGACCUUCUGGGGUCCCGGCUCUGGGACAUGUUUGCCUUCAUGGGCAGCCUGGAUACCAAGGGCACCAGCUACAAGUAUGAGGUGCCGUUCACUGGGCCGGCCCUGGAGCUGCACAACUGCAUGGCGAAGCUGCUGGCUCACCCGCUGCAGCGGCCCUGCCAGAGCCACGCGUCCUACAGCCUGCUGGAGGAGGACCAGGAGGCCGCUGAGGUGGAGGCCACUGUGUGAACCUCCCCGGCAGUCGCAGCCUCUGUGCAGCGGAGCCCUGGGUCCCCAGUGCUGGUUCUCAAUCAGCGCUCUGUGGGACCCCGAGGGGUUCCCGUCGGCACCCAGGGGGCCUGAGGUGCAGGAGCCCUGGGGUGCGCACCCCACUUGUUCACUGGCCACGCCCACGCCUAGCUUGUCCGUUGUCAUUUUUGUUCCCUUUGUGAUUUGGGGCAUCAAAAUAAAAAUCUGAGAGUUGCUAA